AGGCUCCGUCGCGAUGCCAAGCAUGAACGUUGUAAGUUGCACGGUUUUCAACCUGAUUAGAAACAUACCCUCGUCGGAGCUGCACAAACACGAUGCGCUCAUGCUUGCGGAGAUAUAUAAGAAGCUGUAGAGUUGCCGCUGGAACGCAAUGUACUACGGCAUCUAGGUUACUAAGCUUACCGCGAGCUGGUCGAUACGUUGCCACUAGCGUCCGCGAUGCCGCUGGGCCGACGCGUCGCCUGGUCAGUACGCGCGUCGCCGGAUUACACGACAUCCCUACCAGCAGCACCCCCCUGCCCAAAUUGGACAAAGCUACUGGUUCAAUUCAGCCAGUCAGCGACUUCGUGGCGCCGCCGCCCGAGGAAUGGGCUAACCAUGAACACCUGAUGGCCGGGUGCGAGCCCGGCAAGCAGCUGCGUGUGGCGGUGCUGCUGAGCGGCGGAGUGGACAGCAGCCUAGCGCUGCGGUUGCUGCGGGCAGCGGGACACAGCUGUCGGGCCUUCUACCUGCAGAUCUGGUUCCAGGAGGACUUCAGGAACUUCUGGGAUGCAUGUCCGUGGGAGGAGGACCUGGAGUAUGCCAGGAAGGUGUGCGACUCCCUGGGUGUUCCCUUGGAGGUGGUCCCCCUCACCACCCAGUACUGGGACCGGGUGGUGUCAGCAAGCGUGUCCGAGAUCCGCGCCGGUCGUACACCCAACCCCGACAUGUGGUGCAACAGCCGCGUCAAGUUCGGCGCGUUCUACGACUACCUGGAUCAAACGUACGGCAAUGAGUUUGACCGGGUGGCUUCGGGGCACUAUGCGCGGGUGGAGAGGGUGGCGGGUCGGAGGAGGGUACGGCGGCGCAAGGAGGAGGAGGAGGAGGUGGUUGUGGGUGGGGCGGUGGGAGUGGGGCAGGGAGCGGCGGUGGUGGCGACGGCUAUGGAGAGUACGGAGGGCACGGAGGGGGAGGAGGAGCGGCGGCGGAGCCACGCCGCUGCGUCGACCAGCGGGCAGUGGUCUUCACAGGAGGAGCAUCCACAGCAGCAGCAGCUUUCCAGCACGCCCCAACGGGGCGGUCUAGGGCAACUGCAUCACCAGCCGCCGCAGCCGCAACAGCAGCAGCAGCUGGGUUCUGUAGGGUCGUCGCCGCUGCUGGCAGGCACAGCAGCACGACGCGACCCCGUUGAGGGCUACUCAAGGCCGCAAUGCAGGAGGGAGGGAGAGGAGGCGGGGGCGGGUGGGGCGCCGGAGCGGGCGGCUGUGCAGGCGGCUGUGCAGGAGGCUGUGCAGGAGGCUGUGCAGGAGGCUGUGCAGGAGGAGGCUGCGGAUGAGGAAGAGGAGGUGCGGCUGCUGCUGACCCCCGACGCGGUGAAGGACCAGACCUACUUCCUGUCCAACUUGGCUCCGCAGCAGCUGGCGCGGGUGAUGUUCCCGCUGGGCUGCCUCACCAAGCCGCAGGUACGGCAGCUGGCUGCUGCUGCCAACCUGGCCAACAAGAACCGCAAGGACAGCCAGGGCAUCUGCUUCCUGGGCAAGGUCAAGUUCCCCGAGUUCGUUCGUGAGCACCUGGGCGAGUGGGCGGGCCCCAUCCUGGAGGCGGAGACGGGGGCGCCGCUGGGUACGCAUGCGGGCUACUGGUUCUACACGGUGGGACAGCGGGGAGGCAUCAAGCUGCCCGGGGGGCCCUGGUACGUGGUUGCCAAGGACACCCUGCAUAAUGCCGUACUGGUCUCCCGGCAGUACUACGAUGACUCCAAACGCCGUAACGCCUUCACCUGUGGACCAUUCAACUGGCUUCAUCCAACCGCUCGACCUCGCGACCCGCAAGACGGCGUCCCGCUGUACGUCAAAGUACGACACGGACCCAACAUGUACAAAUGUACGCUACAGCUGUACGGCAGCCAGGGUACGGACAGCAGCGACGGCUUGUACGACGGCGGGAAGGAUUCGUACGGCACUGUGGUUUUGGAGCAGAACGAUCAGGGGCUGGCCGCGGGGCAGUACGCGGUGUUUUACCAGGAGGGGCGGUGCCUGGGUUGUGCGGUGAUUAACUCCACGGUGGAGGUACCAGCGGGGGGGCCGGAUUCGGAGGCGUCGUGACCCUCGCGGGAGUAGCAAGCGGCGUCAAGGAAUCAGGGAACCAGGUUGAGCAAGCGUUGCGCUAGAAGUUGGGCAGGGCUGCGUGUAAAACGGAACUGCAGGAAUGUGUUGGAAGGCAGGCUCGUGUUCAUGGAUGGUUGCUACCCAAUGCUAUCCCUGUGCGAUUUCGCCUUGUUGUGUACAGCCCUUGGAUGCCCUCAGGGAGCAGGACGGUGCACGUGGGGAGGCCGCAACUGCACCGUACACGAUGAAACGGGGGUUGUGAUGACUGAUGCGAAUCGCUGUAUUUACUUCUGUGGUGUGUUGCUGCUGGGGGUGCUGGGAUCAACCAUGGGGUCCAUGGGGACCCCGCUUGGUGCCUGCUAUGCAGUGGAGGACAGGGAAAGUGUGGUGCAUGGACCCGUACACAUCACACUCCCUGUGUAACACGUAGCGCCCCGUGAAACUUGGAAACUUGGC